UUAUAAGAUCUCUACUAUUUCAUUUUGUUUUUACGAUACUUAUUAUUAUUUCUUGUGCUGGCAUUAGUGGAACCAUAGUUUCCAUCUUAAACUACAGUUAGGGUCUUUCAUUCUUUGAAGUGUACUAUGGGUAGAUGCUGUUCUCUUAAUCAUUUGAACAAAUUUCAACCGAGCUUACGAGUUUCCAUAUAGUUUUAUAUAUAACUUUUUAAAAUAAUAAUAAUAAUACUUGGAGUGGUAGCUAUCUUACUAUAUUUUUCAUAUUAAAUGCUACUAACUAUCAAUUGUAUCAAGUGUUAUCAAAGCAUCAUUCAAGGUAUUAGUUUAUUGGAAGAAAGGCUUGAAGCACAAGUGGGUUUACAAGAGAAGAAAACUAAGAUGUUGAAAGAAGUUGGUGAUAGAAAUUUGUUGACUCAAGAAGCAGCUGAGGAACAGCAAAGAAGAUGCAAAUGAUGCUUGAUCGGGUGGAACAGAUGUUGCAUGAGGAUUUUUUGCUUGCUAUUGGAGAAGCAAACCACCAAUGACCAAUCGGGAUGGAAUUUUUUACCCCCUCAACUCUAAGGAGGAAAUUUAUUUCCUGUCAGAGGAUGAACAGUUACAUGAAUUAUAUAACAAAAAUACUUUAGAUUAGAGGAUAAAAAAUGGAAUUUUUUGGAAGGGCUAAGAAUAACAAUGGUACAUGGUGUGGCUAGAUAUUGCAAGUGGAAUAUUAUCUGAGGAGAAGUUGGCAGUCAGUCCAUGUGAAAGAAAAAUCACUGCAGUGAGACUUCAAGGUUGUGGCUGUGGGUGAUAGCUUUAUAAACAGGGUGGUGACAUCAUAAAUGUGGAGUUCACUCGCAUUAGCAAAAAAAGAAAACAUACUAAUUUAACUUCAAUGGGAGUUUGUAAAUGUUGUGAGCAGUUUAUCCCCCUUUCUCAGAUCCUUCAUUUUGAAGGUCUUCCUUUGUACCUUGUUCUUUCAUCUUCCUCCAGAAGUUAUAUAUAUAUUUGAAAAAAAGACAUUUUUCUGUGGAAGUAUUGCAGAUGGAUAGAUGCUUGCUUGAGAAAUCGAGGGCAGUGAAGUAGAUCUGGUAGCAAUGGAGAAAAAAUGAAGGUUUGGUGGAAAGGAAGGUGUAGGAAGAUUGCAUAUUUGAGCUUUGCGACAGAAGUAUUUAGAGGUGGAUUAAGAGAAGGUAAUGCUUGUUUAGGAUUGCUUGGAUGGAGUACAAAUCGUUAUGCCAUUUAGUUACCAGGGAUUUGGAAGGAGAUAAUUUCAGUCUAGAACCAUUCCUUGAUCCACACCUUGAGGACAAGGUGUAUUUUUGGUGGAGUAUGAUAUGACCUGUAUCAAGGGGUAGUGUAGCAGUUGCCAUUUGUAAUGUAGUUUAAGAGGAGUGGCUUUGUGUUUGUUUGGGAACACUAGUUGUAAAUAGAGGUUGGGUGGUUGGAGAGAAGAAACUUGGUGGUUGUCUGGCUUGUGCUUGCUAAAAGAUGAAGCAUCCUUGCUACUUUGAAAUACAGAUCAGACGUUUAUCAGGCCUUAAUCAGACUUCUGUGGAUCAUGAGAGAUUUGAGCAUGGUAGUCCUUACAGGUCACUAGGUCAGCUAUCGAAUGGAAGACCAAUGGACUUGGAAGGUUGGCCUCCAAUGCAAAUGGAGGGAACUGGACAUGUCCAUGGUAUGGGUCCUCUUCAAGCUCAUUCAAUGGGUUGGCCAAGGGUGCAAGGAAUUCCUACUACGCCGAUAGUUAAGAGAGUUGUUAGACUUGAUGUACCUGUUGACAAAUAUCCAAAUUAUAAUUUUGUUGGACGACUUCUGGGACCACGUGGAAACUCCUUGAAAAGAGUUGAAGCCUUAACAGAAUGUAGGGUGUACAUAAGAGGCAAGGGCUCUAUCAAGGAUGCUUUAGAGGAAGAGAAACUAAAGGACAAGCCUGGAUAUGAGCAUCUUAAUGAGCCUUUGCAUCUGUUGGUUGAGGCAGAAUUCCCAGAGGAUACAAUAAACUCACGCUUGGAUCAUGCAGUGGCAGUUUUAGAAAGCCUUUUGAAACCUGUGGAUGAAUUGCUGGAUCAAUAUAAGAAGCAACAACUGAGAGAACUUGCAUUACUAAAUGGCACCCUAAGGGAGGAAAGUCCAAGUAUGAGCCCAAGCAUGUCGCCGUUUAACAGCACAGGGCUCAAACGGGCCAAGACAGGGAGGUAGGAGUGAUGACUUCUGGACAACAUGCAUUGUCGCUGACGCUGUCUACUCAAACCAUGGUAGCUGUUUUCAUCAUUGAAUAGGAAAGUUAAUGUCUUGAGAGCUUUUGCUGCCUUUUUCACCACAUGGUCAAGAGUUCUGCUGAUUUUACUCUGCUAAAUCUGAUAAGAUAGGCCUAUGCUUAUUUGGCUGACCACUUUUUUCCCUAAUAUGGGAGGGAUGGAGAACCCCCUCCCCAAUUGAACAUUAUUUCAUUUUUUUUUCCUUUCUUCCCUAAGGUAGUUAUUUAAUUUAGGUUAAAUUAUAAAUGCAGCCCAUAAACUUUAAUGGUUGUGCCAAUUUAGUUCUAUUUCAUAUGUUCUCAAUUACAGCUUUAGACUUCAAAUUGUGAUUCUAGGUAAUUUCUGAUGGUAACAGUGUUAGCUAAAUGUGGUGUAGCUUACCAGAACAAGUUUUCAAUUUCUAGUACGACAGGUUUUCCACAUUCCCUUUCUUUA